AUGCUCACUAAUGUAACAUUCGGGGUCCAACUCAAUGUGUUUAAGUGCGGUGCAAUUGGUAUUGGAGCUUGCAUAAAGGACUUAUCCGGAUAUGUUCCUAAUUUUGGUAUCACAAAGGAGAAUAUAUUAACAAAGAGGCAUGUGUUUGAUGCUUCCAUGAUAGGAACUCUUAGAGCAAAAUAUGCUGACAAUAAAGGCCUUGAGAAUCAGAAACAACCUUCAAGCGUUGAAACCUUAUCAACCUUAUCAACCUUCAUAUGGACACGCUUUGUUGCUAUAACUAAGGAUGAAUUAGGACUAGAGAAGCUAUACAUAGUGUAUCUGCGUCCAAGAACCGACUCACCACAACCACAAUCAUCUUUCGGAAAUCUUUUUUCCAUUGCCAUAACAAUACCGAUUUUGAAAAAUGGGAAUAAGGGUCAAGGUCUCGUGCACCAGGUUCGAGAGGGAACAAGUAAAAUCGACAAAGAUUAUGUGAAGAAACUCAGAGAAGGAAGUCAACACUUGAGUAACCCAACAGAGGAAUGCUACACUUGA